UACGUACACUACAAAAAGAAAAGGGUACAACUCAAGCUUCUGAAAUUGCAAACGAUGACGGAGAGGCGUGCGAGUGCGAGAGCGAGUGGGUAUUUUGGCUACAGAAUUUGGGAUGGUUAAUCCAAAUGGCCAAGGUUGCAACUUUCUCCACGCCACUCCUCUUCCAAUCAAAUCUCCUCUUUUUCUCUCUAAUCUAUCUUUUCUCCUCUCUCUUCUUGGCCCUUUACUCCACUUUACCCGCCACCAAAUGCAUUUUCAGUUUCCGAUCAUCUCCACUCCACCCAGUUCAGGGCCCUCUCUACUCUUAUCCCCCGUCUUACGGAGAACACAAGCAUGCCCUUCCUACCACUCGUUCCUCAUGCAUUUCCCCUGUUUACUUCUCAGAUUAUGGGGCGGUUUUGGAGGAAAUCAAACAAUUAUGCGAGAAUUCCACGGCGUCUGGGGCGCAGUCCGCUCUGAGCUAUAUGCAGGGGAGUGCUGAGAGUUUUGGUGGAAACUUGAGUUUUCAGAAGAGAGAAUCUUAUUUCGAUCAUCGUGAGGAUGGAACGGAAAUUCCAUGUGGAUUCUUGAGACGCUUUCCGAUUAGUGAUUCUGAUCGAAUUUCCAUGGAAAAGUGUGAUGGCUUGGUGGUGGUCUCAGCUAUAUUCAACGAUCACGACAAAGUCCGGCAGCCAAGCGGACUAGGAUCCAAAACCCUUGACUAUGUAUGUUUCUUCAUGUUUGUAGAUGAUGCCACUCUCAAGACACUACACUUCCACAACAUGAUUUCAACACCAUCCGAGGAAGUACUCAAGAUUGGUGCAUGGAGGAUUGUCAACGUGUCGGCUGAGUACUUAUACAAGAACGCUGCAAUGAACGGGGUAAUACCUAAAUACUUAAUUCAUCGGCUAUUUCCAAACUCAAAGUACAGCAUAUGGGUAGAUGCAAAGUUGCAGUUGGUGGUGGAUCCACUUCUGCUGAUUCAUUCACUAGUGGUGAAGGAGAAGGUAGAUAUGGCUAUAUCGCGGCAUCCGUAUUUCGUUCAUACAAUGGAAGAGGCAGUGGCAACUGCGAGGUGGAAGAAAUGGUGGGAUGUCAAUGCACUAAGGAUUCAAAUGGAGACAUAUUGUGAGAAUGGCCUGCAACCAUGGAACUCAAACAAGCCUUAUCCCACAGAUGUGCCAGACAGUGCUCUAAUCUUGAGGAAGCACAGUUUAACAACCAAUCUCUUCUCAUGCCUCUUGUUCAAUGAAUUGGAAGCAUUCAACCCAAGAGAUCAACUGCCGUUUGCAUAUGUGAGGGACAAAAUGAGCCCAAAACUGAACCUCAACAUGUUUGAGGUUGAAGUCUUUGAACGGAUUGCCAUUGAAUACAGGCACAACCUUAAACAAGGUGGGUCCAGUUUGGGGCCGAAAGCCAAGAUGGCCAGCUCUUAUUUGCUUGCCAAUGGGACCGGCGGCGGAUGUGAGGGGUAUCUUUUAAAGAUGUGGGGUGAAUCCCAUGAUUGAUAAUAUAGUUUGUUUUUGUUUGUUUUUGGUGGUAUCACUGUCAGGUAUCCAUCCAUAUAUUUUACUUGUAUCGCAAAAUUAAAGGCAACUAACCAAACAGCUCGUCAGAGGAAAAGCUGACAAAAGCUGAACAGGUUGGCAGAGGUGUUUGAUUGCAAUCAAGCGCUUUUAGGCGGUGUUUGGUUGGAAGUGAUGCCUGUCAGAUGUAUUUAUAUGAUUCAAUUAAAUGAAAUUGUACUUGUAAUUUUUGUAACACACCUAAUU